CUGGCGCCAACAAAGGCCUACUCUCUCUCGCUCUCUCUCUCUCUCUCUUCCUUACAAUCUCUCUCGCUCACACCCCCUGCUCUCUCACUCUUAGGGUUUCCAAUCGGCUCAGCGACCGCAAGCUCCGCAGAUCGAGCCUCUUCGUCUGUUGUCAACGCAAUACCUUGGGGCUUAAGCUUGAUGGCUAAAAGUGCAUAUGUGGAGUUGAUAAUUCAAAUUGAAUGGUGAGCUACUUAUUGGGUUUGGAUGCUUCUCGUUGAAUUUUACCAAUUUUAUUUGGGUAUGCAACUUUAGCAUGGACAAGGACUUCUCCAUGGUUAGUGAUGCCAAAGAAAGCUUUUCCCAGUCGUGGUAUUGUGGAGAAAUACUUGUUUUUCUCUAAGUGGCAAACAAGAGAUAUAUGUGUUGUGGUUUGUUCUGGUUGCGGGCUUAUCAUCCUGAGGCAGCACCAGAUAUCCAACAUAAUUGUGUCUUUGCCUCUGUUGAUUUUCAGUCAUUGAGGAGGUGUACAUAUAUCAGGGGAUUUUUCUGCAUCCAUGCUGGCAGAGAGCAUGCGUGGAUUCUGUUGUUUGGGUAAUGCCCCUGUCGAGAUUUGUUACUGAUGCACUUGGUGUGGUGACUAUUUGUCUUGUUGCUCUUCUGGUUUUUCUGGGCUUGUGCUGCAUCUUGUACUUGUUCUACUUCCGCUCCCACAUCCAUGGUCAAGUUUUUGUUAAACUCAGUUAUUUCAGUGGCCCUUGGAUGAUUAGAAUUGCAUUCAUUCUGUUUGCAAUUUGGUGGGGUUUAGGCGAAAUUGUUCGUUUGGAUUUGUUUAGACAGAAGGGUAGAGUAUUGAAUGGCCUUGAAUUGAAAUGGCAGGAAACCAUAUGCAAAUGUUACAUCGUUUCGAACCUGGGGUUUGCAGAACCUUGCUUGUUCCUCACUCUCGUGUUUCUCCUUCGUGCAUCUCUAUUGAAGACAGAGAUGGGGACAAUGAGUCGAAAACGGAAUGGAAAGACGGCAGGUUAUGUUCUUCUCUAUUGUUUCCCAGUCUUAGCUCUUCAGCUGCUUGUUAUUUUGAUUGGACCAGAAUUUAACAAGGAUGAGGGUUUGAUGAACAACUUACCGCACUAUUUCACUAGAACAGCUACUGCAUUGAAGACGAACAACCGAGAUGAUGUUGCCUUCUGCACCUAUCCUUUGUUAAGCAUCAUCUUCCUAGGUCUUUUUGCUACUGCCCUAACUAUCUAUUUGUUUUGGGUUGGAAAGCGGAUUCUAAAUUUGGUCAUCAAUAAGGGUUUGCAAAGGAGAGUGUACACAUUGAUGUUAUCUGUUUACAGUUUCUUUCCUUUAAGGGUUUUGUUCCUUGGUUUAUCUGUUCUAUCCCAGCCGGAGCAUUUUCCUUUUGAAGCUCUUACAUUCUUGGCUUUUCUUUCCCUUUUCUGUUGUGCUGCGGUGGGUAUUUCCAUGCUUGUCUAUUACCCAAUUGCAGAUUCUUUAGCUCUGAGGAAUCUGCGAGAGACAGAAGCUAGGAGAAGGAACAGCAAUGAAUACAAUGACACCAUUUCACUAGUUGCUAACCAAAGCCCUCUAGAAGAAAUUGCUGAAAGUAGCCCUGGGAGAAGCUCGAUUGCUUCAGCAAAACGUUCAUCUAUUUCGUUUUGGGCUGUGGAUAAAGAUGAGACCUCCAGGGCAGUUGUGGAACUCGACCUAUUCUCUCCUAGUCACAACUCUACUCCACCAGGCUCCCCCCAACUUGUUGGGUGGCCUAUGCCGCCGCCAACACAUGUUCGUGGAUCGUAAAAGCAAAAGUAGCGUGAAGUUGGUGUUAAAAAAAAUCAUUUUUUGUGGUAAAGAAAAACUGUUUGUAUAGGGUUUUAGGUUUAAUAAGGAUUGCUUUUUGUUCCCCAUUUUUGUUUCGAUUUUAGGAGAUAUAAUGGUUUGCCUGCUGCCCGCCUGAUUUUUGUUGGUGGAACUCAUGGUCUGUCUGUAUCUCUGCUGUUUUAUUCCUAUUAACGAUUUAACAGUGCAUUCAUGUUCCAAGUCAAGAUCUAUCCUUCUAUAUACAGCGAGGAAAGAAUGUAUAUAUUGUUUUAUUUUGUUCUC